AUGUCUCAACCAGAAUCAAUAUCAAUAUCAACCCCAAUCUCUGUUCCUCCUACUUCUGAUCAGAUACCCACUGCAUCAGUACCAAUACCACCAUCAGCACCAGAAUCAGUACCAGAAUCACUACCAGAACAGAGUGCAAAAAUAGUGGAAAACCCUUUACCUACAACAUCUGCGCCUGUGCCUACAGCUGAGGAGGAGAUGAUAUCACCCGAACAGAAUGUUCUGUCCCCCACUAAACCUUCGACACCUCUUGCACCUCUCACGUCAGCAACGCCCGUGCCUGUAACAUCGUCCACUCCCUUACAGCCAACGGCGUCCUCAUUACCACCUACCACAUCCACGACUCCUAUCCCUUCGACAAUGACAUUACCUACUUCUACACCUGCAGCGGCAGCGGCAGCGGCACCUGUACCUCUACCAAUAGCUACACCAACCCCUGUAAAUGCCGCCCAGUCACCCGCUGUACCAAGACAGGUGACAGCACUAGACGAGGAAAAGAAGAUGGAAUUGGUGAAGGGAAUGGACGGACCUAGGUUAGCAAUGUUACGAAAGAGAACAGCAGAACUUCAAGCUGCUGGACAUACAAGAGAGACAUCAUCUGAACUAGGCAAAUUGUAUAUCGUCCUAGAAAUGUAUGCCAGAGCUAAACAACUUGAACACGAGAAACAAGUCAAAGCCGCUGCUGCCGCAGCUCAGAACGAUACAAAUGGCACCUCAUCCGCUGGACCAAGUAAUGGAGUCGCUGCCGCUGCACCCAGUGCCCCUCCCACCGCACCAGCUCACGUAUCGAUGACACCAGCUCAGAUCGCUCAAGUCCGUUCUCAAGCUCAAGCAUAUCAACAGCUUUCCAAAGGUCAACCUGUACCUUCGUAUUUACUUAGUGCAGCUCAAGGUACACCCCCAGCUGGAAUAGCAGGUCAACCUCUUCCCGAAUCACCAUUCAAUGGGGUUGAAGCCAAGAUAGCCGAUAAAACUGUGGAAGCUGUUAUACAAGAUCAAAUGGAGCAGAAAAAGUCCGACAAUGUUACACCUCCUUCAAACGAAGCUGAGAAGGCCAACGGGGGAGCAAAUGGUUCUGGAGCUUCAAGUGAUAAUGAGAAAGUCGUUACUCCUCCAGCUGCACCCACAGAACCUCAGGCACCUGCUGUUCAAUCUGUCCCUGCUGGUCCUCCCUAUGCCAUGGAAUUCGAUCAAUCGUCCCUCAUAUAUCCAUACAACGCCUAUACCCAUCCGUCCAUUUACGCAAACAGGAAAUUCGAUGAUGAAGUCACAAAUCCUCUCAACAAAUUGCAAAAGCUUGUCGCCCCUUCGCUAAUGCCUAAAGGACUUGACCCUUAUCUUCUCAUGGAAGAGAGAAAUCGAUAUGUCGAAACUCGGAUGUCGUGGAGAAUGAAGGAGCUCGAACAGAUGCCUUCAACUGCUGGCUUGGGAGAACAAGGUGCUAAAGAUGUACCCGGUGUUAUUGGUGAAGAGCAAAAACCUAACACGAAUCUCGGUAUUCAAGCUAGGAUUGAAUUGCUUAGUUUGAGAUUGGUCGGAAAACAACGAUUGCUUCGAGAAGAUGUUGUUCGAUCCAUGCAUGGAGCCACUCAAGUUCCAGCGGAUCGAUCACAAUUCCGACGAUUCCGAACUCACGCUUUGAGAGAUGCAAGAGCUACAGAGACUGCCGAAAGAAGACAAAGGACCGAAAGAGAACAACGAGGUAAACAAAGACAUUUGGCUUACAUCAACUCCAUCUGUGAACAUGGUCAAAAUCUCAUAGGAGCAGGAGUUGGAUCUUCUAGAGGAUCAGGCGCAGACAAGAUGAAAAGACUCGGUCGAGCAAUGAUGAAAUUACAUGCCGAUACGGAGAAAGAAGAACAACGACGAAUCGAAAGAUUAGCGAAAGAGCGUCUGAAAGCAUUGAAGAACGAUGAUGAAGAUGCUUAUUUAGCAUUGUUAGGAGAAGCAAAAGAUUCACGUAUUGGACAUUUACUGAAACAGACAGAUUCAUACUUGGAAACAUUAGCUGCUGCUGUAGUGGAACAACAAAAUGAUGAUGUCCACAAAGAUCAACAACAAUUUGAAAUGCCUUUCGAAACCGAACAAGGUGUAGGAGCAUCAGAAGAAAUGUUUGGUGCUAAAAGACAAGAUGGUGAAGAAGCAGGUGCGGAAAGGAAAGCUGGUAAAGUGGAUUAUUACGCUAUCGCCCACAGAAUCACAGAAAAAGUGACCAAACAAGCGGAUCUCUUAACUGGUGGUACAUUGAAAGAUUACCAAGUUAAAGGUCUACAAUGGAUGAUCAGUUUGUAUAACAAUAGAUUGAAUGGUAUUUUGGCCGAUGAGAUGGGUCUAGGUAAAACCAUUCAAACUAUAUCUCUGAUCACUUAUUUGAUAGAAAGUAAGAGACAACCUGGACCUUUCUUGGUCAUCGUACCAUUAUCUACAUUGACCAAUUGGACAAUGGAAUUCCAAAAGUGGGCACCGGCAGUCAAAACCCUAAUCUUAAAAGGUUCACCAGCAGCAAGAAAAGAAUUUUAUCCAAGAUUACGUGCACAAGAUUUCCAAGUUUGUCUAACGACAUAUGAAUACAUCAUCAAAGAAAGACCUCUAUUAUCUAAAAUCAAAUGGAUACAUAUGAUUAUUGACGAAGGUCACCGAAUGAAGAACGUUAAAUCGAAAUUAAGUCAAACGCUUAAUGAACACUAUUCAAGUAGAUAUCGAUUGAUCUUAACUGGUACACCUUUACAAAACAACCUUCCCGAGUUGUGGGCUUUGCUCAAUUUCGCUUUACCUAAAAUUUUCAAUUCGGUCAAAUCUUUUGAUGAGUGGUUCAAUGCUCCAUUUGCCAAUACAGGAGGAGAAAAAAUGGAAAUGAACGAAGAAGAAGCUUUGUUGGUUAUCAAACGUCUACAUAAAGUGCUUCGACCGUUCUUAUUGAGAAGAUUGAAGAAGGAUGUAGAAUCUGAAUUACCUGAUAAAGUUGAAAAAGUCAUCUACACGAAAAUGUCAGCUUUACAAUGGAAAUUAUAUGAGAGUGUCCAAAAGUAUAAGCAAUUACCCACGGAUAUGUCUGUCGCAAAACCUCAAAAGAGGCAAAAUCUUCAAAAUGCGCUGAUGCAACUGAGGAAGAUCUGUAAUCAUCCUUAUGUCUUCCGAGAAGUGGACGAAGAUUUCACUGUUGGUAAUACCACCGAUGAACAAAUCAUCAGAGUUUCCGGUAAAUUCGAGCUUCUAGAUAGGAUUCUGCCCAAACUGUUCAGUACUGGACACAAGGUCCUCAUGUUCUUCCAAAUGACAGAAAUCAUGACUAUUGUUUCCGACUUCUUCGAAUUCCGAGGAUGGAAGUACUGUCGAUUAGACGGUAGUACCAAGGCCGAUGAUCGACAAACCUUGUUAUCAACAUUCAACGAUCCUAAUUCACCUUAUCAAAUCUUCAUCUUGUCUACUCGAGCUGGUGGACUGGGUCUAAAUCUGCAAUCUGCCGACACUGUCAUUAUUUAUGAUACCGAUUGGAAUCCUCACGCCGAUUUACAAGCUCAAGAUCGAGCGCAUCGUAUUGGACAAAAGAAAGAAGUCAGAGUACUUCGACUGAUCUCUUCUGGAACCGUUGAAGAAUUAGUUUUAGCGAGAGCCCAACAAAAACUUGCUAUUGAUGGUAAAGUCAUUCAAGCUGGUAAAUUCGAUGAUGUAACCACCGGUGCAGAAUACGAAGCUUUACUCGCGAAAGCUUUUGAAACCAACCCUGAAGAUGAUAACGAAGAGACCAACGAGUUGGACGACGACGAGUUGAAUGAACUCUUGGCGCGAGGUGAUGAUGAGUUAGGAAUCUUCACUCAAAUGGAUGCCGAUCGAAAAGCAGGCAAGAUAGAAAGCUGGAAAGCUACUGGUAAUAAAGGUGAAUUACCACCAGUAUUAAUGGCGGAAUCGGAAUUACCUCCAUUCUACAGGAGAGAUAUAGGGCAAGAAAUGGCUGCUCAAAUAGCCAAUGAAGAAGAACAAGGUAGAGGAAGACGUACUAAAAUGGAAGUCAGAUAUACGGAUGGACUUACAGAUGAUCAGUUCCUUGCUGCAUUAGAAGAUUCAGAUGAUGAUGUAGAGGAAGCUGCUGAUCGAAAACGUAAAAGAGCAAACAAUAAAGCAGAAAGGAAGAGGAUGAAUGAACUUCUAGCCGAAGCUGAAGCUCAAGGUAAACCAUUAGAUAGUACUGCUGUGACUACAAACAUUGUGGCCACAGCGCCUUCUGUGGCAACCUUAAAGAGUGAAGAUACAGCUUCUCCACCUCCUACAACACCUUUACCUACCCUGAAGAAGAAAAGAGGAAGACCAAGUAAAAGUGCUACUCCAACUUUGAUAGGUGAUGAUUUGCUUCCUUCAGUGAAACGACGUAAAAUUGGUGCUCCAAGUGGUCUUCAAAAUGCUAUAUCUGGACCUGAACUUGCUUUCAUGAACAAAAUUUUCAGUGAGACCAAUAAACUGAAAUCAGAUGCCGGAGAAGAUCUAAAUCAAUUCUUCUUAUCCCCUGUCAGCAAACGAGACUAUCCCGAUUACUACGUCGUAAUAGCUCAGCCAAUUGCACUAUCCCAAAUCAAAACCAAAAUCGGUAAACCUGGAUAUACACCACUGAAUCUCAAAUCGGACAUGCACCUAUUAUGGAAUAACGCGAAAACGUAUAAUCAGGAAGGAUCAUGGGUAUAUGACGCAGCUUUGGAUUCCCAAGAGUAUUUCGAUAAUUUAUGGAAUCAAGAAUAUCCGAAAUUAAUUGCAUCUGGCAAUGGUAACGGUCAUGGGGAAGAGACGAAUUCAAAUUCGAAUGAAAACAGUGGAACCUCAACUCCAAUGUUCAAAUCACAUCCUAAUCCAUCUGAUAAGAUAACUGCGCCGAAGAUUAGAAUUUCAAUGGGUAAAAAGAAGAUUGAAGCGCAAGUUGAACCUGAAGAAGAAGAAGAAGAAGAGGAAGAUAAUGAUGACGAUGAUGGUGACCAAAAUCAAGAUGAUGAAGAAGAGGAGGAUCAAGAUGAAGAUGAUGAUAUGGAUGAUGAUGAUGAUUAUUGA